AAGCGCACUUCCGGCCUUCACGGAAGUUGUUGCACAGUCGUUUCCAAGGUGGUGUGAGGUAGAGGAGCUUUCCAAAUGGGUCGUAGCCGCUCCCGAUCUCCGCGGAGGGAACGCAGGCGGUCCCGGUCCACUUCGCGGGAGAGAGAACGCAGGCGCCGGGAAAGGUCUCGGUCCAGGGAGAGAGAUCGGAGAAGGAGCCGCUCUCGAUCCCCGCACAGAAGACGCUCCAGAUCCCCAAGACGACAUAGAUCCACAUCUCCUUCUCCUUCUCGACUGAAAGAAAGAAGAGAUGAGGAAAAGAAAGAAAGAAAGAGCAAAGAAGGUCAGAUAACUGAGGAAGACUUAGAGGGAAAAACAGAAGAAGAAAUAGAAAUGAUGAAGAUAAUGGGAUUUGCCUCCUUUGACUCAACAAAAGGAAAAAAGUUGGAUGGUUCUGUAAAUGCCUAUGCCAUAAAUGUGUCUCAGAAGAGGAAGUACAGGCAGUACAUGAAUCGCAAAGGUGGAUUCAACAGACCUUUGGAUUUCAUUGCGUGAGAAUUGAAAUGUUGAAGAAUGAUUUUUUCCCCCCUCAUCAUGAUCAGAAGAGUGCAUUUUGUAUUUUGUAUUUCAUAUGCAUCAAAACAGGACAGGAUCACAGCCCUUCCUCCUUGUAAAGAAGUAUCAUUUGGGGCAAUCAUCAACCCCAUUUUUUGUCUUAUUCCUGUGGAAGCUGUAUAUGUUUUCUUCUUGGAUGCUCGUUAGGACUUUUUAAAACACAUAAAAAAGUAAUUUGGAUGUAAGUGUCUCAAAUAAAGCAAUUAUUUCUACC